ACGGCGGUGUCUAACCGAGUGCAGUCGCUUUCCGUUAUCAAAGCUGUACAGUCGUUCCGGGUUUUUCGUUGUGAAGCAAGUAUGAAGCGAACGGUUUUACUUCUGGUAGCGAUACUUGGAGGCAUCUCGGCUGAAUUGUCAGAAUACACAACGUCUACGACCAGCUUCACGUUCGACUUUUUCAAACAUGCAUACGUCCCAUCGGAGAAUGUCGUCCUCUCACCGAUCUCCAUUCACUCGUCCUUAUCGAUGUUCUACCCACUGGCAGGGGACAAAGUAGCUCCAGUCAUGCAGGAAAAUCUGCACCUUCCUGCAGAUAAAGACCAAGCUACGAACAAUCUGCGCAGUUUCCUGCAGGAGAUGAACAAGCAAACCAGCGGUUCGUCAACCCUCAAAGUCCUCUCGAAGGUGUAUCACGUGAACGCCGAACUUCAACCUGAAGUUGUACCUCUGUUCCGGGAUACAUUGCAAGCCGAGUUCGAGCCGGCAGAUUUCCACCAAACGGACGAGGUUGUCGCAUCGGUCAACAGUUGGGUCGAACAGGCUACCGAUGGGAUGAUCAAGGAAUUCAUGGAGGCCGGUGAUUUGCGGGUGGAUAACGAUCUGAUGCUGUUGAACGUGGUGGUACUGAAUGCAUCGUGGGAGGUUCCUUUCGAUGCCGGCGAAACGGAACCUGUUCCGUUCCAUUUCCAGAAUGGAGUCCACGAUGUGGAUAUGAUGUUCAAGCUCGAGCAGUUGCUGUUUGCAAAUCUUCCCGAUCAUGGAUGUCAAGCGGUGGAGUUGCUCUACGAAGACGGGACGGACCUUUCGAUGAUGAUUGUACUUCCCAUGAAAAAAUCUUCGCUGGAGAAUGUGGUCCAGCAGUUGGACUUGGGCUUGUACGAGAAAAUUAACGAGAGGAUGAACAAGGAACGGAUACAGUUGGCCAUGCCAAAGUUUACGAUGAAGAAGAAAACCGACGCACAGGAGCUGCUGAAAGCCAUGGGACUGAAAGCGUUGUUUGAGGAGCUGGAUCUGAAUCUGUUGAAGAGGGACAAGUCUCGGAUCGGGGAGGUUCGGCAGACGGCGUAUAUCAAGGUUGAUGAAAGGGGAACGGAAGGAGCGGCUGCUACCGAAGUGCAAGCCGUAGGCCGCGCCGGGUACCCGAUGUUCUACGUCGACCGUCCCUUCCUGUACCUGAUCCGGAAGCGUUCAACCAAGGAUAUCAUCUUCAUCGGUCACUAUUCCGUGUACGAGCAGCAACAGCAGCAGUAGGAAACCGUUAGCAAAAAUGAGGACCUAUAGCGAGGUUAGUUCCGUUCAUCUUCCCUCAACAUAUGGCCUUUCGGUUACGAGGAGCUACCUUGAGAAGAGCACGAACAAGCAGGUCAUAAUAAAAACUAAUCG